AUGACGGACCGUCUCCCGCCCAACCUCCUCGCGCUCUUCGCGCCGCGCCCUCCGCUGCGCUGGGUUCCGCCUUCCGAUCACGCGCCCGAGCAGCGCCGGACCGCUGCCGUGUCGGGCAUCGCCCAGUUUUUGCCUGCGCUGGCUGAAUAUGAUCGCGAGCACGAGUACAACCCGACCGAGAGCUGGCUUGAGGCGCGCGACCGCAAGAAGCGCGAGAAGGUCGAGCAGGCUGAGGCGCUGGUUACCGAAGGGCCGAAGAAUUAUACACCACACGAUGACCCUAACAUCCGAGGCGAUGCCUUUAAAACUCUGAUCGUCGCGCGUCUGGACUACAACGCGGACGAAAAGGACCUAGAGCGCGAGUUUGGACGGUUUGGGUCUAUUGAGCGCAUCCGCAUUAUCCGCGACACCCACGCCCAUGAAAAGGGAAACAAGAAACAGAAGCCUCACCGCGGCUACGGCUUUGUAGUAUUUGAGCGUGAGAAAGACAUGAGAGCUGCUCUAGAUGGAUGUGAUGGUAUCCGCAUCAAGGACCGCCGCAUCAAGGUUGAUGUUGAGAGGGGCCGCACUGUCAAGGGCUGGAAGCCCCGUCGUCUGGGCGGCGGUCUCGGCGGCCGCGGCUACACCAAGGCAUCCAUGGCCCGGCCCAUGGGCCCCGGCGGGUUCGGAGGUGGUGGCUUCCGGGGUGGCUUUGGCGGUGGAUUCCGCGGCGGCCGUGAUCGUGGCUUCAGGGGCGGUGGUGGAGGUGGUUUCGGUGGUGACCGCGGUUUCCGUUCUGGUCCCGGUGGUGGUGGAGGCGGUGGAUUUGGUGGCCGUGAUCGCGGGUUUGGCGGCCCCCCUAACGCUCCUAGUGGCCCCGGCGGCGGCGGUGGUGGUUAUGGCGGCCGUGAUAACCGACGGGAUGGCGGUGGGUAUGGUGGCCGCGACGGCGGCUCUCGCUCAUAUGAUGACAGGUCAGGCGGUGGUGGUGGCGGAGGCUUCCGCGACCGCAACCCCCGGCAAUCUGGCAGCAACAUGGAACCCAUCCGACCUCGUGCUGGGGGUGGUGAGAAUGGUGGGUAUUACGGCAACGGCAGUGGUGGCGGUAGGGACUAUGACCGGCCCAGAGAUCACGACGACUCGCGCAAGCGCGGCUACGACGGCGGCGGCUAUGAAGACCCCAGGAAGUUGCGACGCUACUAG